AUGACCGAGGACGCCGCGUCGGGCACCACGACGGUCAAGCUCGCGGUGCUCAUCGACGCCGACAACGCGCAGCCCAGCCGCGUCAACUACCUGCUGGCCGAGAUCGCAAAGUACGGCACCGCCUUCGUCAAGCGCGCCUACGGCGACUGGACGGACACCAACCUCACGGGCUGGAAGGAGAGGCUGCUCAAGUGCUCCAUCCAGCCCGUCCAGCAGUUCGCCUACACCACCGGCAAGAACGCCACCGACUCCGCCAUGAUCAUCGACGCCAUGGACCUGCUCUACUCGCGCAGCUUCGAUGGCUUCUGCCUCGUCUCGAGCGACAGCGACUUCACCCGCCUCGCCUCCCGCAUCCGCGAGUCCGGCCUCGUCGUCUACGGCUGCGGCGAGCGCAAGACCCCCAAGCCCUUUGUCGCCGCCUGCGACAAGUUCAUCUACGUCGAGAACCUGGUCCCGGGUGGCGGCGAUGCUGCCGCUGCUGCUGCUGCUGCUGCCGCCGGUGCUCUAGUCGUCCCUGCCGGUGGUACCAACGCUGCUGCUGCCGCCGCCGCCGUCCCCAACCAAGUGCGGUGGCUCCUGCGCGACGCCGUCGUGGACAUGUCCGACGCUGACGGCUUCGCCAACUUGGCAAAGGUCGGCGGCCUCGUCGCCAAACGGCACUCCGACUUUGACCCCCGGACGUACGGCUUCGAAAAGCUCGCCAAGCUCGUCGAGGCGCUCCCCCACAUGUUUGAGGUCGAGCGCCGCGAGCCGGCGGUGGGCAAACCCCCUGUCGUCUACGCGCGGGUCAGGACUCGAUUGUCGCAUUGA